GGCCACGUACUAGUAAGCCGAAGCAAAAACACAAGUUCAAGGGAACAUAAGUGCUCUGCAGAUCGCUCGUGGUGUACAACGCUCCAUCUCCUUACCACGCGAACCAUACCAAUUUCAUACCACCACAACGAUGAACAGAUUCGCCUCUGCAGCUAUCACUCUUGCAGCACUUGCUUCUUGCCAAACACCUCCCAAUUACCACCCCGCCGCAGCACAGUCUCUGUCCGUUAGCUACAUCAAUGGCGCCAGCGUUCAACCUGGUGACGUGCUGGACCAGUCUUUGGUGUCAACCAAACCAGCCGUCUCUCUGGAUUUCCCUCUGAUAAGCCCGCCAUACGUGCUCCUCCUGCUUGACAUCGAGGCAACACCCACCGCUUCACCAUCUGCGGCAGGCGCACACGGCCCCCCGCUUGGCUUAGAACCGGGCCAAACAACAUGGCUGCAGUGGUUGCAAACCAACGUCACCCAAGGUCAAGACGGCAGCUUGGUUAGCAGUAGCCCUGCGCUCUCAUCCUAUGCCGGCCCACAGCCUCCCAACGACGGCCUAGCCCACACUUACGUGAUGUAUCUCUUCCCAGAACCUCCGUCCUGGAUCACCUCCGGCGUCAAGCUUUCCGGUCCCAACGCCGGCCGCAAUCUUGCUCCUUUCGACUCACCCGACCGCUUCAACUUCGACCUCACGGCGCUCGCGGAGACGGCUGGCCUGCCAGUCGCAGCGAACUAUUUCCGAGUUGUAAACCCGGCGGCUGUGCCAAAUCCAGCCGUGAGUAAGAGGUCCCUUAGUGGCAGGCAAGGCGCAGUUAAGGCAGCGGCAAAUGCGACCGCGACGACUGCGCCGUCAAGCUCAACGAACGCGACCGCGACGCUCAGCGGGGUCCCAAUGUUGCCAACGCAGACCACCAAUGCUGCCGGGUCGCUCGAGCCUGUGGUGUACGGCACGCUCAGUCUAUUCCUCGCAAGCUUGGCGUUUGUACUUUGAGUGUGCAUAGGAACGUUAACGGCGCUUCUGCGUUGGCGGAGAAAGGUGUCUGAUGGCUAUCUGUAAAUACUGUACGGCGUUGGGGUACGAUUACGCUACAUCGCAUCUAUGAAUGC